UCUCUAACCCAGCACCGUUAUUAGCGCCCUUAAACACCGCAAUUGAGUGGGUAUCAAGACGCUCAUAGGAAAUUCUUCCUAUGGAUCAGCCACCUCCACCAUCACCGCCGGCUCGUCACUCGAAGCCUCGCCGACCACGGCAACAUCCUCCGUCGCCUCGUCCUGUCGCCGCUGACAAGGAGACGGAAAUCCACAGCAUUGAGUGCUGGAUUUACAAAGGUGCCCAACCAACCCAGUCAGAAUGCAACAUCAUCCACAAGAAUGACAUUGCCAGCUGGCUGGCCAAGCCAGGCCCGUCUUCAUUUGAUGAUCUGCCGCCGGUGGCAGGGCUCCGGCUCGUAUGCCGCCAGCAGACGGCAUCCACAGAGCCGCCGUUCGACGAGGCCACGCUCAAGGCCAUCAACAAAGUUCUUGGAUUGCCGGAAAGCCAUGACUAUCUGGUCACGUGCAAUGCUGGCGCUUGUGGCAAUUUUCUUAUAUCACCGAUCUAAUAACAACGGCACCAUCUCCACAGUGCUGCGCUACGACUCGGUCGAGAACAUCACUGUGGGCUACCUCUUGCUGGGCCCGCGCAUCUCAGCUCCUGCCGUGCGCGCGACUAUCCAGUCCCAAUUUGCCCAAUUCAGCCAUCCGCUGCUCGUCCCGACGGUGCUGAUGGAGCAGACGGCCGCGGACCUUAUGAAGGAGCUCCACGACAUCCACACGCACCUCGCCAAGGUCGAGAUCCAGACGGGUUACGGCGACUGGGACGGCGCCGUGGCAGCGGCCAGCGCUGCCGACGCAGAUCACGACUACCAGCAGCUGGCACGCAUGCUCGGUUCGCUGAACUGUCGAUAUGCCUUCAUGGACGUCGCCGUCCGCUGCACCAUCUCCAUGAGCGACUUCACCAUGAAAGAGAUGGAUGAGAUGAAGGCCUACGCCACCUCGUCGCGCUUCCGCCAGCUGCAAACCGUAAGUAAUAGCGAGUGUCUGCGGCAGCGGAUCGAGCUCCUGGCGAGCAACUUGCGGCACAUCGAGAUGUUCGGCGCCAUCCGCGAGCGCAUGCAGGCGCAGCAGAAUGUUCUCUUCAAUCUGAUCUCACAGCGAGACAACGAUCUGAACAUUGGGAUCGCGCGUGCUUCUAAGGAGCUGGCUGCGGCAAGCAAGCGAGACAGCUCUGCUAUGAAAAUCAUUGCCCUCAUGACCACACUAUUCCUCCCGGGGACUUUUAUAGCGACGUUCUUCGCAAUGCCGCUCUUUGACUGGAGUGCGGCGACCAUGACCCACGUCAUGAGCAACCAUUUCUGGAUCUACUGGGCGGUGGCCGCACCUCUGACUGUGGCUGUCAUGGCCAUCAUGGGCUUCUACGCCUGGCACCAGAGGGGCAAGAACAGGGAUGAAAGGAGAGCGGCCCGGGAGGAGGCCGGCACUAAGGAAGCCUGAGUCGGCGCCAUUCCCAAUCGUCUUGGGAUUUGCCCGUUUGGCUUUCGUUAUAUUGUAUUACU